CUUUAAUGAUAACAUUUACGAUUCAAUAAGCAUAGUUAUCUUAUAUUGACUUGUCAAUCAAUAAAUCAUCAUCUACUAUAAUCAAUUUUGGCUCUUUUUUUUUUUUAACAACAGAUAUCAAUGUGACAAGUGUACAUCAGAUAGUAGUACGCUUUACUUUGACUAUCACUUGCAUAUUGUAGCCAUUAUUACCUAAAUAACAAUGGAACACGUAAAUCAUAUAGCUCCUUUGUUAUAAUUUUGAUUCUUGUUCGUUGGAAAUUUAAAUAUAGACUACUUGGAAUAAACCGGCGCUUUCUGCUUAUCAUAUCCCGAGUGACUUGUACCACAAUAGAUAAACAGGGGAAAAAUACGUCUACCUUCUCUAUUUAUUUAUUUCUCUCCUCUCUUCUUUUUAUAUACAUAUAUGCGUUUAGUACCAAGAGAGUUAGAUAAACUAUUAUUACAUCAAGUUGGAUAUCUUGCACAAAAGCGUUUGGCACGUGGCGUCAAGUUAAACAGAACAGAGGCAACAGCCUUAAUUGCCUCCCAACUACUCGAAAUGAUGCGUGACGGUGUCUAUACAGUAGCUCAGCUGAUGGAUAUUGGAAAACAGAUGUUGGGUAGAAGACAUGUCAUGCCAGAUGUGAUUUAUACGCUUCAUGAAGUGCAAGUAGAAGGCACGUUCCCAGAUGGCACCUAUCUUGUCACUGUACACGACCCUAUUUGUACUGAUAAUGGCAAUCUUGAAAUAGCCUUAUAUGGAAGUUUCUUACCUAUGCCAUCACAAGACAAAUUUCCAUUACCUGACAACCUCGACCCAAAAUCUGCACCAGGUGCUAUCGUUGUUAAGCCCGGUACGAUCGAAUUGAACGCUGGUAGAAGAAAGAUAGCAUUGUCUGUCACAAACUACGGCGAUAGACCUAUUCAGGUUGGAUCUCAUUUUCACUUUAUUGAAGCCAACGCGGCACUUCAUUUUAAUCGAGCUUUGGCUUAUGGCAUGAGACUAGAUAUUCCGGCUGGAUCAGCCGUUCGUUUUGAACCUGGCGAUUUCAAAACGGUGACACUGGUAGAGAUUGGGGGUAACAAGGUGAUUACGGGUGGCAACAAUUUGGCUACAGGGCCACUAGAUCUCAUCCGUUUGCCGACCAUUGUAUCAGAACUCGCAGAAAGAGGAUUUAAGCAUGAUGCGAAUGCACCUAUCUUGACUGCAGCAUCAUCAACAACACUCGAUCGAGAAUAUUAUGCAGAUCAUUUUGGACCCACGACAGGCGAUCUGGUUCGUUUGGGAGAUACAGAGCUCUGGGCUCGCGUCGAAAAAGAUUAUACCGUGUAUGGUGAUGAGUGCAAGUUUGGUGGUGGUAAGGUGUUGCGCGAGGGUAUGGGUCAAGCAACCGGAAAAUUAGAUCAUGAAGUACUUGACUUGGUGAUUACAAAUGCAUUGAUUAUUGAUUAUACCGGUAUCUAUAAGGCGGACAUUGGUAUUAAGAAGGGUAUUAUUGUCGGUAUCGGUAAGGCAGGUAAUCCCGAUGUCAUGGAUGGUGUCACUCCUGGAAUGGUUGUCGGAGCAGGUACAGAAGCUCUGGCAGGAGAAGGAAAGAUAUUUACGGCAGGUGCUAUUGAUUCACACGUUCAUUAUAUUUGUCCACAAAUAUGUUAUGAGGCCCUAUCAAGCGGUGUAACAACUCUGAUUGGAGGAGGCACGGGUCCGAAUACAGGUACAAAUGCAACGACUUGUACACCAGGAAGCCAUCAUAUUGAAAUGAUGAUGAAGGCGACAGAUGAUAUUCCCUUAAACUUUGGUUUCACUGGAAAAGGAAAUUGCUCACGACAGGAAGAGCUGGUUGAACAUAUCAAAGCAGGCUGUCUUGGAUUAAAGCUACAUGAAGAUUGGGGCACGACACCAGCAGCCAUUGAUGCAUGUCUGCAAGUGUGCGACAAGUACGAUGUUCAGGCUACCAUUCAUACAGAUACCUUGAAUGAGGCUGGAUUUGUAGAAUCAACUGUCGAUGCUUUUAAAGGAAGAACUAUCCAUACCUAUCAUAGUGAAGGUGCUGGAGGAGGUCACGCUCCAGAUAUUAUCACUGUCUGUAGCCAGCCAAACGUCUUGCCAUCCUCUACUAAUCCUACACGACCAUUCACUGCAAACACAUUAGAUGAACACGUUGAUAUGUUAAUGGUAUGCCAUCAUUUAUCUAAAUCUAUACCAGAGGAUGUUGCAUUCGCAGAAAGUCGAAUCAGAGCCGAGACAAUUGCCGCAGAGGAUGUCCUCCAGGAUAUGGGCGCCAUCAGUAUGAUCAGUUCUGAUUCACAAGCGAUGGGUAGAAUAGGCGAAGUCAUCCUUCGUACCUGGAAGACGGCUAGUAAGAUGAGACAGCAGCGUGGUAAAUUACAGCAAGAUGAAGGUGUAGAGGGAGAUAAUUAUAGAAUCAAAAGAUAUAUCGCUAAAUAUACCAUUAAUGUUGCUUUGGCUCACGGCAUUAGUCACUUGGUUGGGUCCAUUGAAGUUGGCAAAGUAGCAGAUUUAGUUUGCUUCACUCCUGAAUACUUUGGAUCCAAGCCUGAGCUUAUCCUGAAGGCAGGUAUUAUCGUUUGGGGUCAAAUGGGCGAUGCCAAUGGAUCUAUUCCUACAACGGAACCUACUAUCUCAAGACCCAUGUAUGGAGCCUACCCAUCUAGUAUAUCAUUUUCGAGUCUAGUGUUUGUGUCACAGCUUUCUUUGGAUGAAGGUGUUGUGCAAGCUUAUGGGUUACGUAAACGUAUAGAGGCCGUCAAAGGAUGUCGUACUGUGACUAAGGCAGACAUGAAAUUAAAUGAUGCCAUGCCAAAGAUUACAGUCGAUCCCGAGACAUACAAAGUAAUGGCUGAUGGACAAGAAUGCGUUUGUGAUCCUGUGUCGUCUUUACCCUUAACUCAAUCUGUAUAUCUUUUCUAAUUUUUAUAUUCUUAUUGUCAAAAGUAGUAGCUGUAUUUUCUACUUUGUGUGUACACCCUCAUUUUCUGCAACAUUCCCUUUUUCAAAAUAUAUAACAUCAUUUAUAACAGCCGUGUCGUUAAUAAUACAUAAAAAAAUAAGGUUUUCUCUUUCGAUUGCUUGGAAUAUUCCUUUUUGUCCAUUCUAUUUUCUUCCUUUUAAGCGCUCUUAGCAACAAAAAACAAACUGCUAUCCUUUCUACAAAGCAAUAGGAUUUAAACAUAUCAUUGCUGCAAAAAC